AACUGGGCUGACUCCCGGGGGUGAGCCAGUUGCCCCCAACCUCAGUGGUUCAAAGCCCACGGCUCCAAAGAAAAGUGACAGCCUCGGCGAGAUCAAACACGUGGGGUAAAGAAUAGGAUUCGGUAUUUUCACAUGCAGAAGUGAUUACUUUUUAUAAAAACGCUUUAUCUUCAUUCCCAUCCCAGGGUAGCCUAGUGGUUAGAGCAUUCGACUAGUAAACGUAAGGUUGCAAGUUCAAACCCCCGAACUGACAAGGUACAAAUCUGUCGUUCUGCGGCUGAACUGGCAGUUAACCCACUGUUUCUAGGUCGUCAUUGAUAAUAAGAAUUUGUUCUUAACUGACUUGCCUAGUUAAAUAAAAAAACUAGUUAGAAAAUUCGAACAUAUAAUUUAUGGACAGGAUAUGUAAAUGUAUAGACCUUGCUGCCUUGUCAUGGCUAGAAUACUGUAAGGUUUGAGAAGGGCGCUCUUUCGCCGCUUUGCUCGUUACGUCACGGGCCAUUGACAGGUGCACCGCGGCUCAGGUUAAUAGAACUCCCUCAUUUUCAUAAACGUCACUUGUUGUUAUCGUUCCACGCAUAUUGACCAAUCGCAAAGCAGCAGUCCAGUCUUUCGAAGGACCCGAUGAGGUCGUGGCUAGUUUUAAACUGUUGAGGCUCGGGAGUCGAUCGACCCCAACAGCGGGGACACUGCCUGCUCCAGCCGAAGUAUGGUUCACAUGAUGGGGCUGCUUUCAGUGAGUGUUGUGCCCCUGCGGAACGGGGUGCAGGCUUGGGGCAGAGGCUGCGCCACCAUCCACGCAGCUUUUCGCUACAGUAACUUUAGCUCAUUAUCGAAGUGUUCUGCAUUAAAACUAAUCAAUCCCAUGGGAUUAAAUCAAUGCACUUUCACAUUGGCUCGAUUGCUCAGUUCCAAACCCCCACGAGGAUUUGAGAAGUUCUUCCCAAAGAGUGAGGACACUCCUGGAGUGAACAAAUCAUCUAAAGAGACCGGAGAUGAGAAGACCAAAGAGACAGAAUCUCAGGGCGGAGGAGAAAAGGGACAAAAUGAAAGUGGCGAGAGAGAGAGGAGGAGAGGCGGAAGGAAGAAUGAAUCAGACUGGUGGACACGCUUCCAGAACGAUUUCCCCUGGGAUGAGAAGACCAUGCGCAAUGUCGCGAUCGGAUUCGCCGGCAUGGCCUCUGCGUUCCUGUAUUUCUACUUGCGAGAGACUGGGAAGGAGGUCUCCUGGAAGGACUUUGUAAAUAACUACCUGGCUAGAGGACUGGUGGACCGUCUGGAGGUAGUCAACAAGCAGUAUGUCAGAGUCAUCCCAGUGCAUGGAGUCAACACGUCAGAGGUGAGCUACCUGUGGUUCAACAUCGGCAGCGUGGAGACGUUUGAACGCAAUCUGGUGCUGGCCCAGCAGGAGAUGGGCCUGGACUCUACACACAGAGUACCGGUGAUUUAUGGAAGCGAGAGCGACGGUACUUUCCUGAUGAGCAUUCUUCCAACCCUCUUGCUGGUUGGCUUCCUGCUCUACACCAUGCGCCAGGGACCAAUGGCAGGAGGCCGUGGCGGGGGGCGGGGCAACCCCUUCAGCAUGGGGGAAUCCAAGGCCAAGGUCAUAAAGGACAACAUUGAUGUGAGAUUUAAGGAUGUGGCGGGCUGCGAAGAGGCCAAGACGGAGAUCCUAGAGUUUGUCAACUUCCUGAAGAACCCCCGGCAGUACCAGGACCUGGGGGCCAAGAUUCCCAAGGGUGCAGUGUUGUCGGGUCCCCCCGGCACAGGGAAGACCCUGCUAGCCAAGGCCACAGCCGGAGAGGCCAAUGUCCCCUUCAUCACCGUCAACGGAUCUGAGUUCCAGGAGAUGUUUGUUGGCGUGGGCCCAGCCAGGGUGAGGGAUAUGUUUGCCAUGGCCCGUAAGAACGCUCCCUGCAUCCUGUUCAUCGAUGAGAUUGAUGCUGUGGGCAGGAAGAGAGGCAGAGGGAACUUUGGGGGACAGAGGGAGCAGGAGAACACACUCAACCAGCUGCUAGUGGAGAUGGAUGGGUUCAACACCAGCACUAACGUGGUCGUCUUGGCUGGAACCAACCGACCAGACAUCCUGGACCCAGCACUGAUGAGACCUGGGCGCUUCGACAGACAGAUUUACAUAGGUCCACCAGACAUAAAAGGCAGAGCAUCCAUCUUUAAGGUCCAUCUGAGGCCUCUGAAGCUGGACUCCAGUAUAGACUCUGAAGCUUUGGCCAGGAAACUAGCUGCCCUCACACCUGGCUUCACUGGAGCUGAUAUUGCCAACGUGUGUAAUGAGGCGGCCCUGAUAGCAGCACGCUACCUUAACGAGUCUAUCAUCGUCAAGCACUUUGAACAGGCCAUCGAGAGGGUCAUCGGAGGUCUGGAGAAGAAGACCCAGGUACUACAGCCAUUAGAGAAGACCACUGUAGCAUACCACGAGGCUGGGCAUGCUGUGGUGGGCUGGUACCUGGAACAUGCUGACCCUCUGCUCAAGGUGUCAGUCAUCCCCCGGGGGAAGGGUUUGGGGUAUGCUCAGUACCUCCCUAAGGAGCAGUACCUGUUCACGCGGGAGCAGCUGUUUGACAGGAUGUGUAUGAUGCUGGGGGGACGUGUGGCAGAGCAGGUCUUUUUUGGGAAGAUCACCACAGGGGCACAGGAUGACCUCCGGAAGGUCACGCAGUCUGCCUACGCACAGGUGGUUCAGUUUGGGAUGAGUGAGGUGGUGGGCCAGGUGUCUUUUGAGCUCCCCAGGCAGGGAGAGAUGGUGAUGGAGAAGCCGUACAGCGAGCCCACGGCCCAGCUCAUAGACCAGGAGGUCCGCUCACUCAUAGACGCUGCCUUCCAACGCACACACCAGCUCAUCACUGAGAAGAGAGAUGUGGUAGAGAAGGUGGGGAGGCGUCUCCUGGAGAAGGAGGUUCUGGACAAGGCUGAUAUGCUGGAGCUGCUGGGUCCUCGCCCCUACAAGGAGAAGUCUACGUAUGAGGAGUUUGUGGAGGGGACAGGGGCCAUGAAGGAGGACACCUCCCUUCCAGAGGGCCUCAAGAACUGGAACAAGGACCGGGGGACGGAAGAGCCUCCCCAGGAGCAGCAACGCAAGCAGCUCUUUACCUGUAGACUGACACCACGUCUGACCUGGCCCCCACCCAACCAGGCCACUGGAGGAACAUGUUGAGACUUAAUUUGGUGAGGGAGGGCACUUGACAUGACCCAGACAGACUGAUAUCAGGAGAGGGUGUCAGGUUUAAGAAGGCACCCCUGCGCCGUGUCCCUGAUAGCUACAGAUUGAGGGUUGUGGGGUGCAGCAGGGGAUCUGUUCCAACAGCCUAGAUUGUGCCAAUUCUCAUGUAGACUUUUUUUACAAUUUGUUUGGGAAUGCAAAAACGUGUUCCUGUAUUUUGGUUUUGCAGGGCAUGAGAUUCAUCAAUCUGUGAAGGAUAUCCACUCCUCCACCAUGCUGUUCCUUUCCUUCCCUGGAGAUUCCCUGCUGUACUAUGUUCCUCCUUUAUCCUGACCAUAGUGCAUUCCUAGGCCGGUGUGGUCAUUCUAAGGCCCUAGAGACCAGGGUCGUCACAGGGAAAAUAUAUUGUUUUAAUAGUUGUGUAGUAUUCAUUAUUUGACCUUUUUCAUUGUGUGUUGGAUGAGUUUGUCUGACAUGCAACAUUUUUAUGAAUAUAUAGAUCAUGCACAUCAGGGAUGGGUGACUGUCUGUGGCCAUUUUGAAGGCCUUUGGAUAAAUCCCCCCCCCCCCCAACUUACUGUUGUGAGUUAAAAUACACAAGGUGCAAUUUCUACAUUUGGUUGCACAUCCGUUUUUCUGUUAUGUUAGUUAAUUAGCAGUUUUAUUAGUGUAUUUUUAUGAUGUAGGUAUGCAGAUCUGAGAGCAACUGCGGCCCCUCAUGAUGAGUUCAGUUUUUUUGUGGCCCCCACCCCCAUCAAUACUAUCCAUCCCUGAUGUACAUCUCAUUUGAAGUGACAUGUUUUCUUUUAGAUUUCAUAUUGGAACAUGAAGGGCUAUGUGAGUGUGUGUGUUGCACCAUUGUAAUAAUUUGGUUGGUGCUAAUUUGUCCUCUUUCACACAUGUACAAGUGUAUAUUAAUACCGUGUGUGAUUUGGACGGCCAGGGUCUGCCAUUAUCAACGGCGACCCGGGAGGUAAGUGCCUUGCUCAAGGGCACAUUGACAGAUUUGGUUUUCACCUUGUUGGCUCUGGGUUCUAGCAACCUUUAAGUUACUGUCCCAACGCUCUAUCCGCUAGGCUACCUUCCGUGCUACGUCUAAUCCUCAACGUUUUUGCUACCUUCUGACCUUAUUGAAUUUCAGCGACGUGUUCAUGUUCCCAUGUCUCUCUUUAGUCAUUGACACUUGUUAACUAAACAGCCAUGUGACUGCGGAGGGUUUUCAGAAAGCUCAGCAGAAAUCCAGUCCAUGUGGAGCAGACAGUAACACUGGGACAGUAUGACAUUUACAUUGUAUUUUAUCCUCUUUCUGGUUGAGGUUCAAACUGUUAGUAGGUCUAAUUGAAGAAAAACACGUCUUCUGAAUGUCACUUUUCAGUCUUUUGCGAAAAACAACCGCCACUCCUCUACCUGCCCACUUUUCCCCACAGGAAAACAGCUUCUGACAAGUACAACUAGUGUACACGACCUCACCUCUUAUGCUCUCUCAAUGUUGCUACAAAUCAACAGACAACAGAUGAACUUCACACGUCUUUUGUGAAGUAUUGAGAUGCAUACGCUACUGUUCAAACAUUUGGGGUCACUUAGAAAUGUCCUUGUUUUUUGAAAGAAAAUAACAUUUUUGUCCAUUUAAAUUAACAUCAUAUUGAUCAGAAAUACAGUGUAGACAUUGUUAAUGUUGUAAAUUACUAUUGUAGCUGGAACCAGCAGAUUUUUUUUAAAUGGAAUAUCUACAUAGGCGUACAGAGGCCCAUUAUCAGCAACCAUCACUCCUGUGUUCCAAUGGCACGUUGUGUUAGCUAAUCCAAGUUUAUCAUUUUAAAGGCUAAUUGAUCAUUAGAAAAGCCUUUUGCAAUUAUGUUAGCACAGCUGAAAAUUGUUGUUCUGAUUAAAGAAGCAAUAAAACUGUCCUUCUUUAGACUAGUUGAGCAUCUGGAGCAUCAGCAUUUGUGGAUUUGAUUACAGGUUCAAAAUGGCCAGAAACAAAGACUUUCUUCUGAAGCUGGUCAGUCUAUUCUGAGGCUUUUCCAUUCGAGAAACUGAAACUCGCGUACAAUGCUGUGUACUAUUCCCUUCACAGAACAGCGCAAACUGUCUCUAACCAGAAUAGAAAGGAGUGGGAGGCCCCGGUGCACAACUGAGCAAGAGGACAAGUACAUUAGUGUCUAGUUUGAGAAACCGACGCCUCACAAGUCCUCAACUGGCAGCUUCAUUAACUGCCUAGAAGGUCAGCAUCCCGGAGUCGUUUCUUCACUGUUGUUGUUGAGACUGGUGUUUUGCGGGUACAAUUUAAUGAAGCUGCCAGUUGAGGACUUGUGAGGCGUCUGUUUCUCAAACUAGACACUAAUGUACUUGUCCUCUUGAUAUAUUCACUAUUAUUCCACAAUGUAGAAAAUAGUUGUAAAAAAUAAUUUCAAACUCUUCAAUGAGUUCGUAUGUACGAACUUUUGACUGGUACCAUAUAUCUCCAUAGCAAUGGCAGCCGAGCCAUGCUUACUCCCACGCCCCUGGAGAAACCCUGUAGAGUGGUUUUGGUUUCCACUUCUCAGAAUAGAGGGUAUUGGGUUUUUUGGAGAAGUAAUGAGAUGAUGUCGUACCGAUCUGCAUUGCACUUUCUGAAGGUUGUUUUUUUACCUUUUACUGCUGAAAAUAAAGGUGUCACUACCUCACUCAAUCUCAGUAUUUCUGACAGUUUUUGGAACUCUGCAAUUACCUACAUGGAUUUAUAUUGGAAAUGAGAAUUGUUACACUCCGGACCAUAUGUAGAAAAAACAAUAUGUUUCUACUUCUAUGCCUAGUUGUGUGGGUCAGCGUAAACAAAAAAUACAAUGUUUUUACAGUACAUUCCAGAUGUCUUGGUGUAGCCUAAACUGUGUUUAAAUUCCAAUCCUGCUUUUCUGCUUGAUUGACUAACUGCUGGUUCUUGUGGCUCAGUUUAUCUAGUGAUCUUGCUUAAAGUACUAUAAGGAAUGUGUAUAUGACUGUUUCAAUGCAACAACAAAAAAAAUACAAAAAUACAUCCAGAAAUGUUUAGUUUGCUAUGUGAUAUAUUAUCAACAUCUGACAUUCAUCAAUAAAUUCUUGAUUUUA